AUGUCGAACGAGCAGCUCGUCACCCUCACCUUUCAAGAUCGCGUUGCGAUCGUCACGCUCAACCGGCCCGAUAAGCUGAAUGCCCUCAACCAGGACCUUUACUAUCUUCUCGCCGAGCGGCUGCGAGAGAUUGAGCGACGCGAUGAUAUCUACAUCACCGUUCUCACUGGAACCGGUCGGUUCUUCUCCGCCGGCGCAGAUGUCACUAGCUCCCGUCCUAGUGGAGACUUGAACUCGAGUGUACGCCGCGAUCUAGUCCGCAGCUUCGUGUCCAACAACGUCGACGUAACUCGCACCUUCUACAACCACAGCAAGAUCCUAGUCGUCGCCCUGAACGGACCCGCCGUCGGCCUCUCCGCAGCCCUAAUCGCGCACGCCGACUUCAUCUACGCCGCCCCGCACGCCUUCCUCCUCACUCCAUUCUCAUCUCUGGGUCUUGUUGCCGAAGGCGGUGCCAGCCGCGCAUUCGUCGAAAGACUGGGAAUUGCCAAGGCCAACGAGGCGCUGAUCAUGAGCAAGCGGAUUACCUGUGACGAGCUUGUUGCUACUGGAUUCGUGAACAAGAUUAUUACUGCGGCUUCGGGCGAUAAGAAUGACUCCGCGGGCUUCUUGAAGAAUGUUCUUGCUGAGGUUGAUGAACGCCUUGGUACUCAUCUUAACCAGUCGAGUCUGCUGAAGAUCAAGGAGCUGGUUCGUCGGCCCGAGCGGGAGAUUCUGGAUCGUCAGAAUGGCAUCGAGGCGUUUAUGGGCCUUGAGCGCUUCCUCAUGGGAGUGCCGCAGGAGGAGUUCCGUAAGUUGGCUUCUGGAGAGAAGAAGCAUAAGCUGUGA